AUGAAAUCAGGUUCUCUUAAAUUAUUAUUAGUUUAUUUCGAUCAAACUAAUGAUAUAAACAAAUGCUUUGUUUAUUCACCAAUUUUUAAUAUACCAUCCCUUACGGAAUAUUUUCUUUCUUUUGGUGCGAAUAUCAAUGAAGAAAAUCAAGAUGGAAACAACGCACUUCAUAUUGCUGCGUUAAAGAAUAGUAAAGAAACUGCCGAAGUUCUUAUUUCAUAUGGUGCAAAUGUCAAUGAAGAAAAUGAAGAUGGAAACAACGCACUUCAUAUUGCUGCGUUAAAGAAUAGUAAAGAAACUGCCGAAGUUCUUAUUUCACAUGGUGCAAAUGUCAAUGAAAUAAAUGAAGAUGGCGAUACGACACUUCAUAUUGCAGCAUUAGGUAGGCGUGAAGGAAUAGUUGAAUUGCUUAUUUCACAUGGUGCAAAUAUCAAUGAACAAAAUAAAUAUGGAAAUACAGCACUUCAUAUUGCAGCAUUUAAUAAUAGUAAAGAAACUGUCGAAGUUCUUAUUUCACAUGGUGCAAAUAUCAAUGAAAAAAAUCGUAAUGGAAAGACUGCACUUCAUAUUGCAGCAUUUAAUAAUAGUAUGGAAGCCGUCAAAGCACUUAUUUCACAUGGUGCAAAUAUGAAACUAUAUGAAAAGCAGACUUUUUUUUUCGUACACCCUCUCAAUUUUUUUCCCAGUUUUCGUACUCAUAUGGUAUUAUUAGUGUAUAAUAAUCUUAGAGCUUUCGCUAUACUGCAGCAUUAA